UGCUCCGCUCCCUCGACCUCCUUCUUCGCCGCCGAGGAUUCCCGACUUUUCUCUCGCCCGGCCGCCGGACUCGGGAAGCGCUUCAGCCUCAGCCCGCCGUUUGUUCACCCGUCAGGAAACAUGAAGUCUCCUUGUUCGACCAAGAGUAUUUUCCUUGCUCUUUUGUUCUUGCGGUCCGUGUGUUUGGGUCUGAGCAAUCGCUUGCCAUACUUCAUAAAUUAUUUCUUUGACACUUAUUUGUUGAUCAACGAAGACACUCCAGUGGGUUCAUCAGUAACACAGCUGCUUGCCCGUGACCUAGACAAUGACCCACUUGUAUUUGGAGUAGUAGGGGAGGAAGCCAGCAGAUUCUUUGCAGUGGAAAGCAUGACGGGUGUCAUUUGGCUCAGACAACCAUUAGACAGAGAGACGAAGUCAGAAUUCACAGUUGAAUUUUCUGUCAGUGACAGCCAAGGGGUGAUAAAGGGGUCUGUGAAUAUUCAAGUUGGAGAUGUCAAUGACAACACACCAAGAUUUCACAAUCAACCAUACAGUGUCCGCAUCCCAGAGAACACACCCGUGGGAACUCCGAUUUUCAUUGUGAAUGCCACGGAUCCAGACCAAGGAGCAGGAGGGAGCGUGCUUUAUUCUUUUCAGCCACCAUCCAACUUCUUUACCAUUGACAGUGGCCGUGGCAUUGUAUCAGUUAUUCGUCCACUGAAUUACGAAGUCACGCAGGCUUAUCAGCUGCAAGUGAAUGCUACAGAUCAGGAUAAAACCAAGCCCCUCUCUGCUCUGGCCAAUCUUGCAAUCACCAUUACAGAUGUACAAGAUAUGGAUCCAAUUUUUAUCAAUCUCCCCUACAGUACGAACAUCUAUGAGAACUCGCCUCCGGGUACAACUGUGCGUAUGAUAACUGCAAUUGAUCAAGACAAAGGGCGGCCAAGAGGUAUCGGUUAUACAAUUGUGUCAGGCAACACCAACAGUAUCUUUGCACUGGACUACAUCAGUGGUGCUUUAACUCUGAAUGGGCCACUGGACCGAGAAAAUCCUUUUUACAGUGCUGGAUUUAUUCUUACGGUGAAGGGGACUGAGCUAAAUGAUGAUCGAACACCUUCCAAUGCCACUGUGAUAACUACCUUCAACAUCCUUGUUAUUGACAUAAAUGACAAUGCUCCUGAGUUCAACAGUUCAGAGUACAGCGUGGCUAUUCCUGAAUUGGCUCAAGUGGGAUUUGCUCUUCCUCUUUUCAUCCAAGUGCAGGAUAAAGAUGAGGGACUCAACAGUGUUUUUGAAGUUUACUUGGUGGGGAACAACUCCAACCAUUUUAUCAUCUCUCCGACUUCAAUCCAAGGAAAAGCAGACAUUCGGAUUAGAGUGGCAGUCCCCCUGGAUUUUGAGACAAUCCCUCGCUAUGUGUUUUCUCUAUUUGCAAAUGAGAGCAUACCUGACCACGUUGGUUUUGCACGGGUGAAGAUUAACCUCGUCAAUGAGAAUGACAACAGACCAGUAUUCAGCCAGAUCCUCUAUAAUGUCAGCCUGUUUGAAAAUGCCACAGUGGGAACGACAAUUCUGAGAGUUUUGGCCACAGACAAUGACGUAGGCUCUUACGGAAAAGUGAGCUAUUACUUCAGUGAUGAUCCAGACAGGUUCUCCUUAGACAAGGAUUUAGGCAUCAUCACACUGGUUGCCCGCCUGGACUUUGAGACGACCCAGCGUUAUACACUCACUGUCAUCGCCAGAGAUGGGGGUGGAGAAGAGACAACCGGGAGGGUCCGGAUUAAUAUCCUGGAUGUCAAUGACAACAUACCCACAUUCCAGAAAGAUUCCUAUUUAGGAGCUCUGAGGGAAAAUGAGCCAUCAGUCACUCAAGUGGUCCGCGUGAGGGCUUCGGAUGAAGAUUCCUCUCCAAACAACCAGAUUGCUUAUAGCAUUGUGUAUGCUUCUGCAUUCAAAAGUUACUUUGACAUUACCUUGUCUGAAGGUUAUGGAGUGAUAAGUGUCAUCCGCCCUCUGGAUUAUGAGCAAGUUGCCAAUGGUGUCAUUUACUUGAUUGUAAUGGCCAAGGAUGCAGGCAUCCCGGCCCUCAACAGCACCGUCCCCAUCACCAUUGAAGUGUUCGAUGAAAAUGACAAUCCACCCACAUUUAGCAAGCCGUCCUAUGUUGUCACAGUCAUGGAGGAUAUCAUGGCAGGAGCAACAGUGCUAUUUCUAAAUGCUACUGACUUUGACCGAUCAAGAGAAUAUGGCCAAGAAUCUAUUAUAUACUCUUUGGAAGGAUCAUCACAUUUUCGCAUUAAUGCUCGUUCAGGGGAAAUCACCACCACAUCUCUACUGGACCGGGAAGCUAAAUCAGAAUAUAUACUCAUUGUACGAGCCGUGGAUGGUGGUGUUGGUCACAAUCAGAAAACUGGCAUUGCAACUGUAAACAUCACUUUGCUGGACAUCAAUGACAAUUACCCUAUAUGGAAAGAUGAGCCGUAUUUCAUCAACCUAGUGGAAAUGACCCCUCCCAACUCCGAUGUCACAACAGUGGUAGCUUUUGAUCCAGACCUCGCAGAAAAUGGUUCCCUUGUCUACAGCAUCAGACCACCAAAUAAGUUUUACAGUCUUAACAGCACCACGGGGAAGAUUCGAACAACAGGGGUUGUGUUGGACAGAGAAAAUCCAAACCCCCAAGAAGCUGAGCUCAUGAGGAAGAUUGUGGUUUCUGUCACUGACCGUGGGAGGCCACCAUUACGGGCCACAAGCAGCGCCACUGUGUUUGUAAACUUGCUGGACCUUAAUGACAAUGAUCCUACUUUCCAGAACUUGCCUUUUAUCACCGAGAUUCCUGAGGGUCUUCCAGCAGGGUCAUCUGUCUUCCAGGUGGUGGCCAUAGACCUUGACAAGGACUUGAAUGGCCAAGUGACAUAUCGCAUGCAGGUGGGCAUGCCCAGGAUGGACUUUGUCAUCAACAGCAAGACCGGUCUUAUCAACUCUACCACUAUUCUAGACAGGGAAAGAAUUGCUGAAUACUACUUGAGAGUAGUAGCAAGCGAUGCAGGGGAACCAUCCAAAAGUUCUACUAGCACCCUCACCGUCAGAGUUUUAGAUGUGAAUGAUGAAAACCCUACCUUCUUCCCAGCUGUCUACAAUGUGUCACUUCUGGAAAAUGUACCACGCGACUUCAAAGUGGUCCGUCUGAAUUGUACUGACACCGAUAUGGGCCUUAAUGCUGAACUUAGUUAUUUCAUCACAGGUGGGAACCAGGAUGGAAAAUUCAGUGUUGGCUUUAGAGAUGGUGUAGUUAGAACGGUUGUCAGCUUGGACAGGGAAACCAUGCCCUUCUACAGCCUUAUCCUAGAAGCCAUUGAUAAUGGCCCAACGGGAAAAAGAAGGACCGGCACUGCAACUGUUCAUAUCACCGUGCUGGAUGUUAAUGACAACCGUCCCAUCUUUCUCCAGAGCAGUUAUGAAGCUACUGUGCCAGAAGACGUUCCCGAUUACAGCAGCAUUGUACAGGUGAAAGCCACGGAUGCAGAUGAAGGUGUGAAUGGCCGCGUGUGGUACAGAAUUGUCAGAGGAAACAAUUUCAACAACUUCAGGAUCAAUCCCAGCAACGGGCUGGUCAUGCGGGGUACACGGCCCCUGGAUAGAGAGCAAAAUUCAUCGCAUGUUCUUGAGGUGGAGGCUUACAACAGUGAGCAAGGACCAAUGAGAAGUUCUGUCAGGGUCAUAGUCUAUGUGGAAGAUGUCAAUGAUGAAUUACCAGUAUUUACCCAGAGACAAUAUAAUCGGCUGGGUUUGCGAGAGACCGCUGGAAUUGGAACAUCUGUUGCUGUAGUCCGGGCCACAGAUCGUGAUACAGGAAAUGGAGGUCUAGUGAAUUACAAAAUCAUCUCAGGAUCUGAGGGCAAAUUUGAAAUUGAUGAGAGUACCGGCCUCAUUACCACCAUUGACUACCUGGACUAUGAGACGAAAACGAGCUACUUAAUGAAUGUUUCCGCCACAGACCAAGCCCCGCCCCAAAACCAAGGAUUCUGCAGCAUUUACGUCAGUCUCCUUAACGAAUUAGAUGAGGCCGUGCAGUUCUCAAAUAUCACGUAUGAAGCAACCAUCACAGAGAAUAUCCCCUUGGGUUCUGAAGUGCUACGCGUCCAGGCCCGGUCCAUCGACAACCUUAACCAGAUCACAUACAAGUUUGACCCAAAUACAAAUCCUCAAGCUUUGUCUUUGUUCAAAAUAAAUGGAAUCACCGGUGUGAUUACAGUCAGAGGUCAAGUGGAUCGAGAGAAAGGCGACGUUUACACCUUAACUGUUGUGGCGGAUGACGGAAGCCCGAAACUGGACUCGACUGUGAAGGUUACCAUCACCAUAUUAGAUGAGAAUGACAACAGCCCACAGUUCGACAUUACUUCGGACUCUUCUGUGAGCAUCUCAGAGGACAGCCCUGUCGGACGUCGGAUUGCUCUGGUUUUGGCCAGAGAUCCCGAUGCAGGGAACAAUGGACAGGUUGUUUUUUCUCUGGUAUUGGGAAAUAUAGGCAGGGCUUUUGAAAUUCGUACAACCAACAGCACCUAUGGAGAAGUAUUUGUGGCAAGGCCCUUGGACCGGGAACUAAUAGAACGCUACACUUUACAGAUUCAAGCAGCAGACCGAGGUGUCCCAGCUCGCAGGAAAGAGCACACCUUAAGGGUCAAUAUCCUGGAUGUUAAUGAUAAUUCUCCAGUCAUUAUCAACCAACAUGGAUACAACGUUAGCAUUAACGAGAAUGUAGGUGGAGGGACUGCUGUGGCUCAGGUCCGAGCAACUGACAGGGACAGUGGCCUCAAUAGUGCCCUCUCCUAUUACAUCGUCCAUGGCAAUGAAGAACUGACCUUCCGCAUGGAUAGAGUGACUGGAGAAAUCGCCACCCGCCCUUCCCCUCCAGACCGUGAACGACAACGGUUCUAUCAGCUGGUGGUCACUGUGGAGGAUGAAGGCAACCCAGCGCUCUCGGCUACAACUACAGUCUAUGUAACCAUCCUGGAUGAGAAUGAUAAUCCUCCAGUCUUCCAGCAGCAGCAGUAUGAAGUCACUUUGGAUGAAGGUCCAGGCACAUGGAACGCUGUUCUUAUCACCAUCAGUGCUGUGGAUCAGGAUGAAGGCUUAAAUGGGACCAUUACAUACGCCAUCUCAGAGGGGAACAUCAUGAAUACCUUUCACAUCAACAGCACUACAGGACAAAUACGUACCAUGAAAGAAUUGGAUUACGAAAUCAGCCAUGGGCGUUAUACGCUAUUAAUCACAGCCACAGACCAGUGUCCGAUUCCAUCACGCCGUCUCACAUCUACUACAAUGGUGUUGAUAAAUUUGAAUGAUAUCAAUGACAAUCAACCAACGUUCCCUCGUUCUUAUGAAGGGCCCUUUGAUAUCACAGAAGGACAACCUGGUCCCAGGGUGUGGACUUUUCUAGCUCAUGAUGGGGACUCAGGACCCAGCGGGCAAGUUGAGUACAGCAUCAUUGCUGGAGACCCUCUUGGAGAAUUUGUGAUCUCGCCUGUGGAAGGGGAGCUACGUGUGAGAAAGGAUGCCGAACUUGACCGAGAGAACAUUGCUUUUUAUAACCUCACCAUUGAGGCCAAGGACAGAGGGGUGCCUUCUCUCAGCUCUAUGGUCAUGGUGGGACUGAAUGUUUUGGAUGUUAAUGAUAAUGACCCCGUCCUCUUGAAUCUACCAGCGAAUCUCACCAUCAGUGAAAUUGCUCCCAUCUCCAGCUUCGUGACCCGCAUCCUUGCCAAGGAUGCAGACAGUGGCAGGAAUGCUCUCUUAACAUUUAGCAUCACAGCAGGCAAUAGAGACAAUGCUUUUUACAUCAAUAGUACGACUGGUAUUGUGUAUGUAAAUCGUCCAUUGGACAGGGAGCGAGUGUCAGAAUAUAGACUGACAAUAACAGUGAAGGACAAUCCAGAAAACGCCCGCAAUGCAAGGAGGGAUUUUGACUUGCUGGUGAUUACAGUAGCGGAUGAAAAUGAUAAUCACCCUCUUUUCACUCAGAGUUCCUACCAGGCUGAGGUGCUAGAAAAUUCCCCUCCAGGAACUCCUCUCACUGUCCUUAAUGGACCGAUCCUAGCGUUGGAUGAUGACAAGGGUAUCAAUGCAGUGUUGACAUAUCAACUGCUUGGAAAAGAAAAGAACCUGUUUUCCAUUGACAACAGAACAGGUGUCAUUUCGGUGAAGCCGGGGAAAUUGAUAGACAGAGAGACUUUCUUGAAUCCUAUCUUGGAGUUUCUGGUUGUUGCAACUGACGUUGGCAAACUGAACAGUACCGCUAAUCUCACCGUGACCAUUCUGGAUGAUAAUGACAACAGACCAAUAUUUCAUCCCCCGGUCUUGUCUGUUCGGAUACUAGAAAACAGCCCUGCAGGUUUUUCUGUGCUUCAGAUAAUUGCAACUGAUAUGGAUAGUGGCCUCAAUCAGCAGCUGAGCUACCGGAUAGAAAGUGGAGCUCAAGAUAAGUUCUUGAUCCAUGUUAAUACUGGAGUCAUCAGCGUGGCCAACAUAACUAUAGACCGGGAAGAAAAGGACCACUACCGCUUGACGGUGGUUGCUACAGAUCAAGGCACACCGCCUCUCUCUGGUACUGUCACCGUGAGCAUCCAGAUCGAUGAUCUCAAUGACUCUCAGCCAGAGUUUCUCAAUCCCAUCCAGACUGUCAGUGUCCCCGAAUCAGCUUCUGUAGGCACAGUUAUAGCUGAAAUGACAGCGGUUGACAAAGAUCUCAAUCCCCAGCUGGAAUACUACCUCAUUGAAAUCCUGGCCAAAGAUGAUACGGAUGCUCUUGUGCCCGACCAGCAAGGAGUUUUUUCAGUGGAUUUCCGAACAGGAGCGGUGAAAGUGAAGGCUACUCUAAACCGGGAAUUGGUGGCCACUUACGAUGUCACAAUCUCUGUCUAUGAUAACGCCAGUGAAGUGCUGGAACGCUCAGUGAGCGUGCCAAAUGCCAAGCUGACCGUAAAUGUUUUGGAUGUCAAUGAUAACGCUCCUUGGUUCCGCCCUUAUGGGGCAACGUUUUUCACAGAACGGAUACUAGAAGGAGCCACCCCAGGGACUACCUUAAUAUCCUUGUCGGCUGUAGAUCCAGACAAAGGUGUCAAUGGGCAGAUCGUAUAUCAGUUGUUCAACCUCUCCCAUGAGGGAUAUGUCCAGCUUGAAGACAGCUCAGCAGGAAAGGUAAUUUCAAACCGAACAGUUGACUAUGAAGAGGUCCAUUGGCUGAAUUUUACUGUUCGGGCCUCCGACAAUGGGACUCCACAGAGAUCUGCUGAAAUACCAGUUUAUCUAGAAAUUGUGGAUAUCAAUGACAACAAUCCCAUGUUUAGCCAGCCAUCUUACCAGAAGCCUGUCUUUGAGGAUGUCCCUCUAGGGACCAUCAUUUUGAGGGUUCGAGCCACCGAUGCCGAUUCUGGACGCUUUGCUCAAAUACAGUAUAGCCUGGGAGAUGGAGAGGGGAAAUUUGGAAUUAACCCCAACACGGGAGAUAUCUACAUUCUAUCGACCUUAGAUCGAGAAAAGAGGGAUCAUUAUACGUUAACUGCAGUAGCUAGAGACAAUCCAGGGGACGUUUCUAGUAAUCGCCGAGAGAACUCUGUGCAGGUGUUAAUUACAGUUUUGGACAUCAAUGACUGCCGGCCCCAGUUUGCCAAAAAACAAUAUGCCACCAGCGUAUACGAAAAUGAGCCAGUCGGGACCUCUGUCAUCACAAUGACUGCUGUUGACCUUGAUGAGGGAGACAAUGGAGUGGUAACAUUCAACAUUGAAGGACCUGGAGUCGAGGCCUUCAAAAUUCAUAAAGAUUCAGGGCUUGUCACAACUCGCAGACGCCUACAGUCCUAUGAGAGGUUCAACCUAACGGUGGUAGCUACUGACAAAGGAAGGCCACCACUCUGGGGGACUACAAUGCUACAACUGGAUGUUAUUGACAUCAAUGACAAUCGGCCGGUGUUUGUCCGCCCUCCCAAUGGCACCAUUCUGCACAUUAAAGAGGAAAUUCCCUUACGAUCCAAUGUGUAUGAGGUAUACGCUACAGACAAGGAUGAGGACCUCAAUGGAGCUGUGCAGUACACCCUUCUCAAAACUGGGGCUGGAAAUAAGGAUUGGGAAUAUUUUACCAUCGACGCAAACAGUGGGCUCAUUCAGACAGCAAUGAGACUUGAUCGGGAGAAGCAAGCCGUGUACAGUUUAAUCAUUGUGGCAUGUGAUCAAGGUCAACCACCCUAUGAGACAAUGCAACCCCUCCAGGUAGCGCUGGAUGAUAUUGACGACAAUGAACCUGUCUUCCUGAAGCCACCUAAAGGGAGUCCCCUUUACCAAGUUCUUUCUGUGCCUGAACAUUCACGGCCGGGCACAGUGGUGGGGAAUGUCACAGGCGCAGUGGAUGCUGACGAGGGCACCAAUGCUAUUGUGUAUUACUAUAUUGCAGCUGGUAACAGAGAGAACAAUUUCCAACUGAGUCGGGAAGGGAAAUUGCAGGUUCUUCGGGACUUGGACCGAGAGAAACAAGGUGUCUACUCCAUCAUUGUCAAAGCCUCUAGCAAUCGAAACUGGAACCCUCCUCAAGGUCGCCGAGCAGCCAGACUCCAGGCUAUGGAUCUCAGCACUGAUAACACCUUGCAGGAUGUCCGGAUCUUUCUGUCUGACAUUAAUGAUCAGCCUCCCCGAUUCACCAAAUCAGAAUACACAGCAGGGGUUGCGACCGAUGCAAAAGUGGGUUCGGAGCUGAUCAAACUUGUCGCUCUGGAUGCUGAUAUUGGAAACAAUAGCCUAGUCUUGUACAACAUUCUGGGAAUUCGCUACAUCAAACAACAUUCAAACGAUUCUGACGAGGUGGCCAACAUUUUCAGCAUUGGUAACCUAGAUGGAAUUCUUCGAACUUUUGAUCUGUUCACUGCUUAUAACCCUGGCUACUUUGUGGUGGAUGUCGUGGCUUCUGAUUUGGCUGGCCACAAUGACACUACAGUUGUGGGAAUUUAUAUCCUGAGAGACGACCAACGGGUGAAGAUCAUAAUCAAUGAGAUCCCCGAUAAAGUACGGCAGUUUGAGGAGGAAUUCAUCAGCCUGUUGUCCAACAUAACAGGGGCCAUUGUCAAUACAGAUGAUGUGCAGUUCCAUGUUGACAAAAAAGGCCGUGUGAAUUUUGCCCAGACGGAAUUGCUGAUCCAUGUGGUGAACCGGGAAACCAAUAGGAUACUUGAUGUAGAAAGAGUCAUACAGAUGAUUGAUGAGAAUAAAGAACAGCUAAAAAAUCUCUUCCGAAAUUACAAUGUUUUAGAUGUUCAACCAGCCAUCACAACCCGAGCUUCAGAAGACUUGUCAACACUGCAGAUGGCAAUAAUCAUUCUGGCUAUUCUCCUCUUCCUGGCAGCCAUGUUGUUUAUCCUCAUGAAUUGGUACUACAGAACUGCACACAAAAGAAAACUGAAAGCCAUUGUGGCUGGUUCCGCAGGUAACCGAGAUUUCAUGGACAUCAUGGAUAUGCCAAACACAAAUAAAUAUUCCUUUGAUGGAGCAAACCCUGUGUGGCUCGAUCCAUUCUGCAGAAAUCUGGAAUUGGCAGCCCAGGCUGAACAUGAAGAUGAUCUACCUGAGAACCUGAGUGAAAUCACAGACUUAUGGAAUAGUCCCACCAGGACCCAUGGAACCUUUGGACGAGGUCCUUCAGCUUCCAAGCCAGAAGAAGAUCGCUAUCUGAGGGCAGCUAUUCAGGAGUAUGAUAAUAUUGCAAAGCUAGGCCAGAUCAUGAGAGAAGGGCCUAUCAAGGCGUCUCUUUUAAAGGUAGUCUUGGACGAUUACAUGCGGCUGAAAAGACUGCUUGCUGAGCGAAUGGUGCAUAAAGCCACCACCAGCCACGGGGACCAGUCCUCAGUCUCUGAGCUGAUCCAGAACGAUCUGGAUGAGGAGGAGGAGGAGGAACAAAGGAGUCCCAGUCAAGGGAGUCUCCGCUUUCGGCAUCAGCAACCUAUUGAGCUCAAGGGGCCUGAUGGCAUCCAUGUGGUCCAUGGUAGCACAGGCACACUCCUCACCUCGGACCUCAACAGCCUUCCUGAGGAUGACCAGAAAAUACUAGCUCGCUCCUUAGAGACACUGACUGCGGAAGGCGGGUCCUACUGUGACAGAAACGCUCGUACCGAGUCUGCCAAAUCCACCCCUAUGCACAAGAUGAGAGAAGUGAUCAUGGAGAGCCCACUGGAAAUCACGGAAUUAUGACUAGAAGUGGCGUCACUGGUGUAGCCCUCCAAGGGAUCCUGGGCCUACACAGACUCCUGCAGCAGGAGUACGGACUGAAGGACAAGAGAAGAGAAGAGAAAAGAAGAGAAGAGGGCAGGGUCACCAAUGCCAGGCCAUUGCCUGUCCCAGAGUAAAUCUGACCCAAGAUAAGACAUUCUUUUGUUCUAGCAGCCCUGAAGAGCCUAGCUCCAGGGAUGAUGGCUCUCAGGAUCAGACGCUCAAAGAUUUGACUCGCUCUCUUCAUUUUGUUUUCCAGAUAUAAAGUGUUUCAAAUAAAAGCUGUGGGAGGCCCUGGGAUAUAAACUUAAAAGCUAGAAUUGCAAUAAUCAUGGUGCCAUGUUCCAUCAGUAGGGUCAACAAGGCUCUAUAACAGGUUCUCUCCACUGGAUCAAUGUGUUCUCCUGCCACCCUGGUAGCAGGGAAUGAUGGCUACCAACUGAACGCAGCUAAGAUGAUCCUACGGUGUUCCAUUUGGUCUCACACGCGCACAAUAGUUGUGUGAUAAACUUCAGGAAGCUCCAUAAAUCUGUUCCACAUUAAUCCGUGUUGUCAUAUUUCCCGAAAAUGAAACCUGAAGCCAUGUUUUCAUUUUGCUGGCUUACAAAAAUAUUUCAGCAACCAAACAGAGUGACUAAUUAAGGUUCUGAAUGUCAGAGUGUUGGUGUGUAAUUUUUUCUUCUUCUUUUAUUUCAAACGAUGAUGUGUUGAGAGUUUUUGGAAUGGUCUGUUAAAAGGA